GGCAGCGGUUGACAAGAUAUCACGUACAACAGUGAACGGGUUGGGAGGGAAACUCCGGCAGGGACUACAGCAACUCGAACAGCUGAGGCCGCGGGAGUUUCCAUGGCUGUGGUUAGAGGCGAUUGAACAAGCCGCACAAAUUGGACCAACUUUACGCCGGAACAACUGGAAUAACUGCGUAUCGUCUGUGUCCAACGCCCCGUUUACAAUCGACCCAUGUUUCAUAUCAUCGAUGGCCGCGUUUUCGGACGAGUUGAACGGGCAGUUGUCAUGUCCGCUCUGUUUAGACCGAUUCAACGACCCGAAAGUACUGCCUUGCCUGCACAGUUUCUGUCGGAGAUGUUUGGAUGACAGGGCCGCUGAACCCGAUAUACUGCGAUGUCCGACGUGUCAUCACGAAGUGCCCCUCGGUGAUAAUGGGAUCGACAGUCUGCCUUCUAACUACCUUUUAAAUAAUAUCUUAGAUGUAGUGGGUACGCAAGACGAGGAUUUAGAAAAUGGAUUUGGAGUCGACCGGUUAACCGAUAAACAGCGACUAUGUAGUUCAUGUGAUGACAUCCGAAUCGCCACGUCCCUGUGCCGGGAAUGCAACGAACAUCUCUGCGAUCGAUGCGUCUCGGCCCACCAACGUGUCCGUUUGACGAAAGAACACACCAUUGUACAGCUCAACGACAGUUUCUCUUUCACCAGAUCAUCGCCGUUUGUUACAUCUCCGCUACAAACUGUUACACAACAAUUACCGACUGAUCGAGCGCCCAGUUACUGUGAAAUCCACGAACACGAGGUGCUCCGUUUGUACUGUGAUACGUGUUCCAAAGCAAUAUGUAGGGAAUGUACCAUGCAAGACCAUCGCGGCCACAGUUGUGUAUAUUUACAAGACGCUGUACAGAACUGUAAAUCAAUUACAGGGAGGCUACUUUCCGACGCGAAAAUGGGGGUACGUGCGAUGGAAGAAAGCAUCGCCAUGACUCAAAACAUGAGUGAACGUGUGGAGGCAAGAACCCAGGCCGUGGCAACUGAAGUUCGCUCUACAAUUCGAAGACACAUCUUAGCACUGGAAGAACGGGAGAGAGAACUACUACGGAGAGUUGAGAAAAUUCGGCAAGUGAAAAGUAAAUCGCUACACACACAAGGGGAAGAUCUGAGACGGGCGCUGAUUAAUAUGGCACAGUGCAUUGAAAGCGUAGAAGCGGCGUUACAGUCAGGCACUGACAUUGAUGUAUUGAAAACCAAAGAUAGAAUGGUAUGUCAACUGCAAGAAUUGAAAGCACUUCGCGGACAUUUACAACCGCACGAAGACGACACAGUUUUAUUCACUCCUCCCGAUGCCGCCUUGCACACUGCAAUCAACGCACUUGGAAUUAUUAGCAGCAGUGGAUAUGCCCCAAAUUCUACAGCUUCCGGGGACGGUUUAAAACGAGCUCUUCGAGGGAAAAUCUCAGUGUUCAUGGUACAGGCAAAAGACCACCAAGGCGAAUCGCGUUGCGUGGGUGGUGACCAGGUCAAUGUCAUUAUCCAUGGACCGGAAGGUGGGUUAUAUCAUGCAGAAGUCAUUGACCGGCAGAAUGGGACAUACACUGUGAGUUAUCGACCUCAAGUUGAAGGCCAGCACAUCAUAUCAGUUACCAUUAAGGGGAAACAUGUCAUAGACAGUCCAUUCAAUAUUGAUGUUAAAAGUGGCCGUAAUUACUCCAAUAUUGGAGUAAUGAUGAUGUCAUUUGGGAUGGAGGGGGAGGCACUGGGUCAGCUUUGUCGUCCAUGGGGUGUCUGCACUAGCAAAGAAGGACAUAUUAUUGUUGCAGAUCGCAGUAAUAACCGUAUUCAGAUCUUCAAACGUGAUGGCACUUUUGUACAUAAAUUUGGGUCUGCAGGAUCACGGAAUGGUCAGUUUGACAGACCGGCCGGUGUUUCGGUGGAUGGUCAAAAUCGCAUCAUAGUAGCUGACAAAGAUAACCAUCGUAUUCAGAUCUUCACUUUAGAGGGGCAAUUUUUGUUGAAAUUCGGGGAGAAAGGUGUAAGAAAUGGCCAGUUCAAUUAUCCAUGGGAUGUAGCAGUGAACAGCGAUGGAAGAAUUCUUGUAUCUGAUACCCGCAAUCAUCGCAUCCAGUUAUUUCAGCCUGAUGGCACUUUCCUCAACAAGUACGGCUUUGAAGGUGCCCUGUGGAAGCAUUUUGAUUCACCACGAGGGGUUGCAUUCAAUCACGAAGGUCACAUGGUUGUCACAGAUUUCAACAAUCAUCGCUUGUUAGUCAUUCACCCUGAUUUUCAGUCUGCUAGAUUCCUUGGUUCAGAGGGAAGCGGAAAUGGUCAGUUUCUCCGUCCCCAGGGCGUUGCAAUUGACCCAGAAGGCCACAUCAUCGUUGCUGAUUCACGUAACCACCGCGUUCAAAUCUUCACUCCGAAUGGCAACUUCCUGUGUAAAUUCGGCAUCCCAGGAGCAAAUCCAGGCCAGUUGGAUCGGCCAUCUGGAAUCUGCGUAUCACCAGAUGGCCACAUUAUUGUAGUUGACUUUGGCAACAACCGCAUUCAAGUCUUCUGAAUGAGUUUGUUUAGCUGGUUAGAAAUCUCAGGGAAAGUUAGCUCACAACCAGCUUAACAAACACACUUUACAAGUUAUACGGGUAAUGCAGAGAAGGCUUGGAAGCUGUGGACUAGACUGAGAUAUUGGGUGAUAGAGUGAGUGCCUAUGUACUAAGCAGUCAUCCAGUCUUAAAAUGUAGCUAAAACACAAUAUUUUUUGUACUGUGCAAAAUCCUCAUUCAUACUUGGCAUAGCCAUGGUGCAGAAGUUAUGCAGGAAAUUUUACUAUAUUCAAAAUUAAUAGGAAAUUACAAACUUCUCAAGUUUUUUUUUUGUUAUAAUCCUCAUUUCAAUUUUUCCAGUUAAACUUGGAUAAAAAUUGUAGCAGCUGCUUGAUUUCUUUUUGACAUUGAAAAUGUCAACGGCUGUUUUAAAAUUGUUUUAUAAGCUUUGUAUUUUGGCAUAUCUGAAUUUUGUUUAGGGGGAGGACGACUAGUGCCUCGGUAUUUGUACAGCCUUCAGUACUUGCAUGAUCAGCCUUAGCCCAGUUCCAAGAACUCUUAUUUGCAGUGACUUUUAUGAAAUCUACUUUUCAGGCAGGUUUUGACAAACCAAAGUUAUAUAUUUUGUAGUUUUGCUAUAUCAGAGGUCUUUAUAUGUAUAUUAUAACAGUUAUUUUUCUUGCAUUUUUUCGGCAAGGAAUCUAAAUUCUGAAAAAAAUGUAUUUAGCUGUUUAGACAUUUUUUUAGAACAACUACCUCAAAUUUCAGAAAAGACCGAAUGCUAUAUCUACCUCAAACCAUCCUAGUUUCAACUUAGUCAUCGGAUGGCCACCGUGCAUGUUCAAGAUAAUGUUGAAAAAUGUCCAUUUUCCAUGAUUAUCAAACAUCUUCUUAACAAAUGACAGUUAUGAACUGAAGAUAUUUUGUUACUUUAUUGGUUAUAUAUAAAUUUUUUGGGUUAGU